AUGGUUUUGAAUCCUGAAGAAGCCAUCUUGGAUGUGGCAGUUUCCAUGUUAGAAGUGGCAGUGGCCAUCUUGGUGGUGGCAGUGGUUACAUGUACAGUGGUAGACAUCUUGGGUGCGGUAAAAUCAUUAAUAGAAGUCUCAUUAUUAGUUGCAUAGAAGAAUAAUAAAUGGAGCCUAUUUCUUCCUCCAGUACAUCACAGUCUAUUAAAUUGUCACCAUCAUCUACCAAUUCUUUGUCUUUUAGGGAGAUGGAGGGAAAGACCCACCCGGCCGGUGUUCCCAGCCGUGUGCCGAGGACCUCGACGGGGAGCGAGACCUCAUGCCCCCUAUACCCUCCUCUGUAUCCUGGCUGCUUUUGUAUACCAGCGACCAGGCUGCUUUAAUUAUAGCGCGCAAGCGGCUAUCAGCUUCUGUUAAGCCGCUCGCGGGAGAUUGUCCGUGGCCCUCCGAGCGUGCCGAGUGCCAAGAGGGCACUGAACCGCCCUCAGAUGUCGCGGCUUUUGCAGCCGCGAUCCCGCCGCUCUGA